AUGGAUGUUGCAGUUGAGUUUGGCGAUUGGUUAGUGAACAAUACAAAAAGUUAUAGCAUAUGGCAAUUCCCGUUUGUUGAUAUCAAAAAUGAGUUGAAAAUUGAAAUCUCGGCCAAAAUGAACAUUUCACUAUUUGAUGAAAUGUUUCCGUUGUGCGCUAACACUUUUCAUCCAAGAAGCUCUCAACGCCAUUUGAAAACUACUCACAACAAUAAAGUAGAAGGAAAAGCAAAUAAAACAGCAACUUUAUAG